GCAGCUGUAUGCUCACGCAGAAUGUGAAACGGCCCUGGCGGACCAUCGGCGUGUUGCCACCCUUACCUUCGCGUCGCUCGCCGAUAGCCAGGCGCUACUCGCCCAGGAGCUCGAGCGUCUCUAUACAGCGCUUGGGACCCUUACAGCCUUACCGGAGCCCAUAGCACCGGCAUCCAUGAGUACCGCGACUGUCACACGUGUGAGAAAGAAGAUUGAAGGCUUGUCCCGUCGUCUCGAGGCGUUGGAGAAGCGGAUUGAGCGCGUCAAGAGAGAUGCCCUUGCGAUCACCGGCAUGCAUUCUUCAGCGCCUGUGGCGGCUCGGCUGGCAGCCCCAGAGUGAGCAGGCUUGCGGUGCACCUCCCGGUAUCCAAUGUGGCCAUCCCGAGCCACCAUCCACACGCAGGGGUUCCCCUCGUGGGUUCCCCUGUUCACACGCGGUACGAUACAUGGCCGCGCCAGCCGCGUGCGACAUGACACGUACGGCACGACACGCGGCUACCCCAGCAGUCAGGAUACCUGGAUUACACCGCGAUGGGCAGCCGCACCUCAAUGCAGCUAUGGUUGCUGCCCCUGCCGCCCGUCCCAGCCUAGUCAGGCCUCCCGUCCAGCCAAGCUCGUUUGUCCAGCACGGCGCAUCCGUGUUGCUCAGCAGCCACGGCGUCAAAGGAGCACCAAGCUUUGCUUCACUUGUGAGCUGCAUCCGUAGGCUCCCACAUGUGGUGCGCGGUUCAGGUCAAGGGAUGCAUUUAGUCUGGCGGAGCGCGAGGUGGUGAUGCGCUGGACAACCUGUUGGUGGCGGUUUCGCUACUGGCUGUGCCGGGAGCAGUAUUUGUAUUUCCGACUUCGCAAGCCUUGCACUCAACGUAUGGAAUGUUGGCGGGGGUUGUUGCUGCAUGCGUGGUACGGACCGGCGCGCGCACCCGUGGGCGCGUGCUCGUCCAGGUCGGUUUAGGACACGGCUAUGAUGUUAGCACUGCGAAGCCCGUAGCUGACUCCGCUGUGCACAGGCUGUGCGUAUUGGCAACACGGCUUGCUGAGCUAGCAUGCCUCAGCUGAUGAUGGACGUGUGGUUUCCUAUGUUCGGGGCUGCUCCUGCGGAUGGUUGAGCGCGAGCAGCAGGUGAUGAGCGGAGCGACGUCUUGGUGAAUUGUUGCGGCUAUAUGGAGCUUAGUAUCAACUGUGUGUCUCGGUGAGCAGAGAGGAGGAGCAGCGGCUUGCCAGCGGUCACGAAACGGCGGCACGUUGACGCGUGUCGAGUUUGCUCUGCCUUGUCUGAGCGCAGCCAGGGGUGUGCCAUACACAGAUGUAAAGAUGGAAGACU